UCACGACACAUACGACGUCAUCAAGAAAAUGUCGUCUGCCAAAACACAAGUUUAAAACUUGUCAUGCGCAUACUCCAGGUUGAUACGGACAACAUCAAACAUAAUGUGAGAUGCAGAAUGGACCCCGGAACGUGCAGUGAAAACAUGUUGAGUUUAAACUCAAAAGAACAAACUUCUUUUGGAUUGGGCAAUGCUUGCAAUAGGAGAUUUUUCAACAAGUUUCGCGCGAGCCUCGAAGAGUUCUAUGCUAAUUUUACGAGAAUUCAUGGACGCAUUACAUAUCUACAGUCAGAUCUAGUUCUAUUUGACAACGAUCCGAUUUUGCCGCUCAUAAACACAGUGCGCAAUGAUAUAAGAAACGCAUAUUUUGCAAGCAAGCCUCAAACUACAUGGUCUUUGCCGUUGUCGGGUACUUACACAAACGAUGGAUCGGGUGAAACGGGUUUACUAAUGGAUCUCAUACAAACAAUCAACAACUUUGGCAACUUUUUGAAUGCAGUAUUUACAAUCCUGGAUGCUUAACAUAUCACUGAUUCGUGUAUUAUUCAUUCUCUACCACACGAUGUUGGACGCUUUGGUUCUAUUACAGUUAUCUACCUCAAUUAAUGCAUUUAAUGCAAUUGUCAUCAUUAUGUGUUUGAAAAAUUUUGUCAUUUUUUACUUUGAUAUUUAUUUAAAAGUAUUAUCAAAAAACCCUCAAAAGUCUGAAUUGUUUUUCACACAUUUUGUUUACAUAUUUUUAUGUUGUUCUGGCAUUAUCAUACGCUUCGUUUUUAUCUAUAUACAUUAACUUAAUGUUUUAUUUAUACGUCUAUUUCAAUGUUUGAUUUUGAAAGAAUAUAUAGCAAAACUUCUUACAA